GCCCCGGCGUGCGGGGCCGGCGCCAGAGGCACCAUGGCAUCGGCGAGGGACGCCGUGCUGCUGGCCGGGAUCCUCUUCGUCGGGGCCACGGCGCUGGUGGCGGCAGAACAACCAGAAGCAGAGACCAAAUAUGGGCGAGUCCGAGGGUACCAGUUCAAAGUGGACGCUGCUGAGAGGACUGUAAAUGUCUUUUUGGGACUUCCUUUUGCUAAGCCUCCAGUUGGAUCACUGAGGUUUUCUGAACCCCAGCCACCUGAGCCAUGGCAAGGUGUCAGAGAUGCCACUUCCUACCCACCAAUGUGUCUACAGGACAAAGCACAAGGACAGAGGUUUUCAGACAUGAUUACCAACAGAAAAGACAGAGUUCUUCUCGAAGUAUCUGAGGAUUGCCUGUACCUAAAUGUGUACACACCCGUUCCUACAGGAAAACAGGAGAAGCUGCCUGUCUUAGUAUGGAUUCAUGGAGGUGGAUUGGUUUUUGGAGCAGCUUCAUCAUAUGAUGGCUCAGCAUUAGCAGCCUUUGACAACGUGGUGGUUGUAGCAAUUCAGUACAGAUUAAGUAUUGCUGGAUAUUUUAGCACUGGUGAUGAGCAUGCCCGAGGUAACUGGGGAUAUUUAGACCAAGUAGCAGCUCUUCAGUGGAUUCAGGAAAAUAUCAUACAUUUUGGAGGAGAUCCAGGAUCUGUCACUAUCUUUGGAGAAUCUGCAGGAGGAAUCAGUGUUAGCGCUCUUGUCUUAUCUCCCCUGGCCAAGGGCUUGUUCCACAAGGCCAUUUCAGAGAGUGGUACUGUAGCCCUGGGCUUGUUCACUGACAAUCCUAAGGAGGAUGCAAAAAAAAUUGCUGCUGUCUCUGGCUGUGAAAAAUCCAGUUCAGCUGCAAUGGUUGAGUGCUUGAGAGGAAAAACAGAAGAAGAGCUACUACAGGUAACACUGAAAAUGGACUCAACAACACUGCAGCUCUGCAGCAAUGCCUCGCCUGGAGAGUGCAAACAGAAUUUCUUUUUUGUCAGUGCAUGUGUAGACGGUGCAUUUUUUCCCAAGAGUCCCAGGGAAUUACUAUCUGAAAAAUCAAUCACUGCGGUCCCAUACAUAAUAGGAGUAAAUAACUGUGAAUUUGGAUGGGGACUUCCUAUGAUUAUGAAAUACCCUCCCUUCGUGGAUGGUCUGGAUAAAGAUGUUGCACGUCAAAUUUUAGAGGCCAACUUAGCACUAAUAAUUCAGGGCCCUGUGUCUGAAAUUGCUGACAGAGUGUACAAGGAGUACAUAGAGGAUGCAGAGAGCCCUGCUCAGGUCCGAGAUGGCCUCCUGGAUGCAAUGGGAGAUCUCUACUUUGUCAUCUCAUCUGUGGAAGUGGCCAGAUACCACAGAGAUGCUGGCAACCCAGUCUACUUUUAUGAAUUCCAACAUCGAGCAAGUUCAUUGGACGGUUUGGUACCAGAGUUUGUAAAAGCAGAUCAUGGAGCUGAGAUUGCCUUUGUCUUUGGAAAGCCAUUCCUAGCUGGAGGUGCUACAAAAGAAGAAGAUAAACUUAGCAGAACUAUUAUGAGAUACUGGACCAACUUUGCUAAAAAUGGAAAUCCCAACGGAGAGGGUUUGGUCCAUUGGCCUCAGUAUGGCCUGGAGGAAAAAUACCUGGGAAUAGACCUGGAGCAGAAGGUAGCAGAGAAACUGAAAGAACACAGAGUGGAGUUUUGGGCACAACUCAAGAAACAAAUUCAGAACGGAAGGAUAAACCACACAGAUUUAUAAGAGCUGAGGAGGGUACAGUUCGCUUUUAAAACCCAAAGGAAAGUCAAACAAACAGGAUGCAGAGUAAUAAUCACCUUCUAACUCACUGUUGUGUAAUCUGCUGUCCUAAUCACAGUGAAAGGAGAGAAACAAGGGGUACUCAGAAUAUUUGUCAGACUAAAAAUCACUAUUUAAUGAGGAAAGCAGAAAAAAAACCCCACAAUCUUUCCAGGUUCAAACAGA